UCCGCACCUACUAAUAAUCUUACAACUAGAAAAAAAAAACAACAACCCAGAGACACCAACUGAAUAUUACAGCGAACAUGUUCCAGGGCGGUUUGCGGCGGCACGGCUCGUAACCUACAGUACGCUAGCAGAACCACCAUGGUCCAGGGCGGCAGCGUGAGCGUCAGCAAAGAGGGUAACCCAUCACGCCGCUGAAAGCUGCUAAAAUGCAGGUGCUGGUGUGCCUGGUCUGCCUCUACGCCCUGUCUGUGAUCCAGCCCAGGCCCUGCUCAGUCUCAGCCUCUGCUUUCCGACAUCAUGCGUCCUGCAUGCUGGACCAGAGCACUGCUUGGUACAGUGGCUGCAACUUGGUGUCCGUACCUACCGAUCUUCCAGAGAACUUACAGAAGCUGCACCUCGACCGGAAUCACAUCCGAUUGCUGUGGAAUUCUUCGCUGACACGCUACACUCAUCUGCAGACACUCAGCUGCACUCAUAACACAAUGGAGACCAUACAAGCGGGGGUCUUUUCCAGCACACCUCGGCUAGAAAGCCUCAGUCUAGCGAGCAACCUCCUUCAUUCCAACUACCACGAGCUGGGCCGAGCUCUACGGUUCCUGCCAGCUUUGAAAAGCUUGGACCUAUCAGAAAACCUGUUGGCCGAAGACAUGGUCUCUUCCAUCCUUCAGAACCUCACAACCUUGGAGUCCCUGACCCUGUCUGGCAACCUUCUCAUGAGGCUAGACACGUCUAUCUUCAGUGGGCUUCACCAACUGCAAGAGCUCAACCUGGAGAGGAACAUGCUUUACGAGAUCGAAGAUGGUGCUUUUGGAAACUUAAAGAAGCUCCGAAGGCUCAAUGUGGCCUUCAACCACCUCCCCUGCAUUGUGGACUUUCACCUUACCCAGCUGGAGGUUCUCAAUGCCAGCCACAAUGUCAUUGAGUGGUUUCUCUCCUACCAGCACCAAGAACAGGAGUUUCAACUAGAAACAUUGGAUCUCUCAGACAACAAGAUGUUCUUCUUUCCUCUCUUGCCAAACCGCAGUCGUAUUCGGACUUUGCUGUUGGCAGAAAACCAAAUAAAUUUUUAUGGGCGGCAACUGGACAACAGCUCUUCUGGGCAGCCCGCUGUGGUCCAGUUUGUCAACCUAGACGGGAGUGUUAGAAACAUCACGGCCACAUAUCUGUGGGAUGAAACUCUCCACAGUGACGUCUCGUCCUUGGAACUUCUUGACAUGAGUGAAAACAGUCUCCGUUACCUGCCCCAAGGUUUUCUGAGCAGAAUGACCUCCCUGUCGAGGCUUAGGUUGGCCCACAACUGCCUGGAAUCCAUGUACUUGGCGCCAGUGGAGAUCCCAGAUUCUCUUAUGGAGCUGGACUUGAGCCACAACCUACUUUCAGAACUGCAACUCAAUCGAAGCUUUGGUAAUCUGCUGCCCAAUUUGAAGUUUUUCAAUCUGAGCUCCAAUGACCUGCAGCAGAUCCCUUCAUGGACGUUCAGUGCAUUGCAGAACAUUGCCUCUAUAGAUCUGAGUUCUAACAAAAUUGAGAUCUGCUCAUCGCAAGGUGACUCACACUGCGUGGUUUUGAGCAGCAUUUUCUCUCUUCGCCAUCUCUAUUUGUCAGACUGUGACCUACAGAUGAUAUCUCCACAGGCUUUGGAGGGAUCAUCCAUUACCCAUUUGGAACUAUCAAAAAACCCCAGGUUCAUUGUGAGGAGCACUACUUUUCUAAGCCUUAGCAGGACUUUGGAGCACUUAGGUCUUGGGAACACCAACCUUUCUGACAUGGACUUUUCCCCAUUCCAAAGCCUAAGGUCUUUAGACAUCUCUGGGAAUGCCUUAAAUCAGCUCCCCACUUCACUUCUGGGUCUAUCCCUGAGGACAUUGAAUUUGAGGGACAACAAGCUGUCCACCAUUCCUCCUGGUCAAGCAAGGGUCUUGGGCCAGAAGAUACAGUCUCUGCUUCUUGGGGGGAACCUGUUCAAUUGUUGCCAGCUGGACUGGUGGACUAUUUUUAGGGAAAUGGACAAUGUGAGGAUUGAAGACCAAGCUGAAGUGAAGUGCCACCUGUCUACUUUGGUGGACCAUAUUUCUCAGAUGAAACAAUUGGCAAGCACACACUGUAGAAAGAAGGCUGAAAUGAUUUGGCCCUAUAUCCUGCUCUUCCUGCCAUUGUGCCUCAUUCUUCUAGGGCUCUGCUUGGUGUUCAUCCUGUCCUUCAACCCCAAACUGAUUCCCAGAUUUAUAAAACAAAGAUGCAGAAGGUCAACUUCAUACUAGUAGCACUGAACAAGCAUUACAUUUUUAAAAGGAAUAACGAAUAAAGCUACCAUAUGUGA